CGAGAAGACAGAAGACAGCAGCCAGACAACAAGCCGAAGGGACGCUGCGGAUCCAAGACUCAGUCGCCUCAGCAACACCGGAUGCCCAACCUUAAGAUCACAACAUGGAAUGUGCGAGGCCUUGGGGACUCGACCCCCAAGCACAAGAAAGCCAGACUUAAAACCUGGCUGCACAAGCAUAAGAUACAAGUCUGUUUCUUGCAGGAAACCAAGUUGGACGAAGGGAAGCUGCAGCAACUCGCAGGAUGGUGGAGAGGACCUCAGACAUGGGCGCCGGCGGACGGAACAAGAGGAGGCAGCACUAUUCUGAUACACAGGGAUCUUGAGGCGGAAAUCCUGGAACAUGAUGCAAACAUUUGGGAACACUGGGCCUGGGUUAGAAUUCAGUUGGGUGCAGAAGACUGGGUUCUCAUGACCGUUUACGUACCGUCUGAACCAGCGGAGCGAAGGUCCUUCCUGGAGAAAUUGCCAGCCAUCAUCCCAUCGGCGCAGAACCUUAUUCUUGCAGGUGAUUUUAACGUGGUGCUUACUCCAGGGCUGGAUUCCCCAGGGCCAGAAGUAGCACCCAGGAAGGCAGACGCAGUGACACUGUCCAACUUAAUGGAACAACAACAGUUGGUGGACACAUUCAGGACAACCCACCCACUCGAGGCAGGCUAUACAUGGUUCUCUUCACAGCAAACAGGCGACCGCCUACCACCAAAGAGAAGUUUGGACCUGCUGCUGGCCAAGGGAGCGGCGUGGGAAGCUCUCACAACUGUGGAAUGCUACAUUGAGUACCUCUCAGACCAUAGGCCGCUAGUAGCUGCUUUCAAGUUGGCGGAUGACCUGAUCAGAGGAACAGGAACUUUUCGAUUGAAUACGGAGCUGCUUAACACCCCAGAAGUUCUGCAAUGGGUGGAGGCACAUUGGAGGGAUUGGCAACAAACAAAGGACUGGUUCACAACGGAGGAAGAGUGGAUGCAGGUGGGCUUCCGGAUGGUGACGAGGGCCCUGGAUGUCUUCUCAAGAGUCCAAGCGAGAGCAAGGAGACAGCAAGAACAGGAGUGUAGAUGGAAGGUUGAAGAGGCGGAAGUGGAGCUGGAAUUGAAUCCCCUAGCAGAGCUAUAUUGGCAACGCAGAAGAAACCAGGCGCUGCAGCAGUUGGAGGAGCUGCAGAUUCAGCAGCAAAUCCUAUGGGCCAAGCGAGCACAGGAAAGAGGGAUGCAAACGGGGGACCGUAUGACCAAGGAGACCUUCCAACGACUAUGCCCGCCACGUUCGCAUGCGUUGAUGAGGGAACUCCAACACCCAUUUCACCUAGAGGCACCUGUAGCUAAGGAUUCCGAGGCCAUGGGUGAUUAUGCACUCACUUACUUUAACGAUAUACUCACCUCUCGGCGUCAGCCUGAUCAGACACUGCAAGAAUUGAUGGUAGAGCAUAACUUGUGGCAGCACACCCGAGUGGGCAUUUCGCAAGAGUGCAGGGACAAUUUGGACCAGCCAAUCACACUUGAAGAGCUCUGGGAGGCGGUCAAGAGCAUGGCAAGGGGCAAGAGCCCGGGAUCAGAAGGGCUGCCUGUAGAGUUCUACGAAGCACUUUGGCCCCACAUAGGGCCCAUCUUGCUUCGGCUCUAUAACCGGACCAAAGAGGGGGGUAGGUUAACUGAAGACAUGAAGCUGGGAUUAUAACACUGAUCUACAAAAAAGGGGACAAAAGCAACGUGCGUAACUGGCGCCCUAUUUCCAG